AUUCAAACUGGGCUACAUGCAACUCUCACCUGUGCUGUUAAUUGUCUUUCUCUGUCAAAUUGCUUAUUUGUAAUAUAUUACUUUAUCCAACACAGAGACUUUGCAGCAACUUUGACAAAAAAAUUUGAUUUUUUCCUCUCUAUAUAUUUGCAUAGAUUCUUCAAUACUUUCAGUACCAGCUCUUUUUUUUGAAAAAAAAUUCAAACAUGGGCUACAUGCAACUCUCAGUUGUGCUCGUAGUUGUCUUUCUCGGUCAAAUUGCUUUUUCUUCCUCCUUGUGCCCCAAAGAUCAAACUGUUUCCCUUCUAAAAUUCAAGAAAUCACUUACUAUUGAUCCCUCAUAUGAUUUUUGUCAUAACAAUUUUUCAAAAAUGAGUUCAUGGAAUAUGAGCAGUGAUUGCUGCUUAUGGGAUGGAGUAACAUGCGAUACGAUGAGUGGCCAUGUUAUUGAGCUUGACCUCAGUUGCAGUCAACUUGUUGGAGUGAUUGAUUCCACUAGUAGCUUAUUCCAACUCUCUCAUCUCAAAAAGCUUGCUCUUUCUAUGAAUGACUUCUCUUCUUCACUCAUUUCACCUGCAUUUGGCAGGUUUGCAAGCUUGACUCAUCUUCAUCUUUCCAACUCGCAUUUCUCAGGUCAAAUUCCUUCUGAAAUAUUUUCUCUGUCAAAUCUCACACGCAUAGAAUCCUUAUACCUUAGAGGUAACUCCCUGAAUGGAACAAUACCGUCCGGUGUGUUCUCCCUUCCAUCACUAAUUAAACUAGACUUAAGUGAUAACCACUUUUCUGGUCAUCUUGAGGAUUUCAAGUCCGAUUCACUAGUAUCUCUUGAUUUAAACAAUAAUCAGCUGCAAGGCCAUCUUCCCAAGUCAAUUCAAAACCUUGUGAACCUAACGUGGCUUGAUCUUUCAUCAAAUAAUUUUAGUGGCAAUGUGGAUAUCAGCUUAUUUUCAAACCUCAAAAAUCUUGUGGGUCUUGAUCUUUCAUAUAAUCGUUUCUCAUUAACCAAUGAGAACAAAGUUAAUUUUACUUUGCCAGAAUCUCUUUUUAGUUUGCGAUUGGCCGCAUGUGAAGUAAAAGAAUUGGAGUUUCUAAGGCCAGUAAAGAAACUUUGGGACUUGAAUCUUUCACAUAAUAAGAUUCAGGGAAGAAUUCCUGAUUGGGCAUGGCCUAUCUGGGUUUCACUGGAUCGUCUUAAUUUGUCCCACAAUAUGUUGACAGAUAUGGACUCAACAAGUAUAAACUCAAUUUCUUAUCCCUCUCUAUAUAUUAUUGAUUUGCGGUCCAAUUUUCUUCAAGGGUCACUUCCUAUUCUACCAAAUUCCACACAAUACUUGUUCAUGUCAAACAAUAAUCUUAGUGAGGAAAUUCCUUCAUCUGUUUGCAAUUUGAAAUCACUACAGGUCCUAGAUUUGGCGAAAAACAACUUGAUGGGAGAGAUUCCGCAAUGUUUGGGUAAUAUCAGUGGCCUCGAGGUUAUGGAUAUGCAUCAGAACAAUCUGUCUGGGACAAUUCCAACAACUUUUGGCAUUGGAAGUUUACAAAUUAGAAGCCUCAACUUGCAUGACAAUAAGCUACAGGGGAAACUCCCACGAUCUUUGGCCAAUUGCAAAGAGCUGCAAGUUCUUGAUUUAGGAGAUAAUCACCUCAAUGACACAUUCCCCAUGUGGUUGGCAACUCUACCGAAGCUGCAAGUUUUAAGUUUGAGAUCAAACAAAUUGCAUGGUCCCAUCAGAACAUCAAGGAUGAUGAACUUAUUUCCUGAGCUUCGAAUCUUAGAUGUCGCUUAUAAUGCUUUCACAGAAAGCUUGCCAACAAGUUUGUUUCAACAUUUGAAAGCCAUGAAGACAAUCAAUCGAACAGUGAAGGCACCGACAUACCUUGGAGACGAGUACUACCAAGAUUCUGUAACGAUUGUAACCAAGGGAAUGAUGCUCGAACUUGUUAGAAUUUUGACGGUUUACACGGCUAUUGAUCUUUCAAGUAAUAAAUUUAGAGGGCAGAUUCCAAGUGUCAUGGGGGAUUUCAUUGCACUUCAUGUGUUGAACUUGUCUCAUAAUGAAUUGCAAGGUCAUAUACCACCAUCACUUGGAGAUUUAUCUUCAGUUGAAUCAUUGGACCUAUCGGGAAAUCAACUUUCGGGAGAGAUACCACAACAACUGGCUUCUCUUACGUCUCUUGCAUUCUUAAAUCUCUCCCGCAAUCAUCUCCAAGGAUGCAUCCCUCAAGGACCUCAGUUUCAUACUUUUGAGAACAAUUCAUUUGAAGGCAAUGAUGGAUUACGUGGAUUCCCAAUUUCAAAAGGGUGUGGUAGUGAUGGUGUAAUAGACCCAACUUUCACAACAUCCUUUCCCGAUCAAGAAAGCGAUUCCGAAUUUUUGGAUGAUUUUUGGAAAGCUGCUCUUAUGGGCUAUGGAAGUGGACUAUGUAUUGGAUUAUCCAUAAUAUAUUUCAUGAUCUCAACUGGAAAUCCGAAAUGGCUUGCAAAAAUCAUUUUAGAGCUGGAGCACUAACUAAUGAUGAGAAGGAGAAAGAAGCAGCGAAUGCAAAGGAAUUACAGAAGAAGAAAUAGUCGCUUGUAGAUAAGGUAUUCAAGUUAAACUAUACACAAAUCUUUUACUUUUUAUACUUUGGUUAUAACAACUACUAAUCAAUAUGCUCUUAUCUUUAAGCAUAUUUGAUUUUGAAAUGGUUCUGCGUUUGUUGAUGUCUCAAGCUAGUCAAAUAAUAUUUUAAUGUAUAUCACACACAGUUGUUAGCUAGAUACAUAAUUUUUCUUUUCAACUAAAUAUCUCCAACCCAUUUAAUACCAAAGUAGCUAGACUUGUUUGGAAUUCAGACAUGUUAUUAGUGCAGAAGCUCAUGGAAACUGUCAAGGCCAUUACAUGAAACCCAUUAUAAAACCUGCCCAUGCCUUACCUCUUUCCCGGAAGUUGGAUGACUAUUCACAACUAUUAGCUUAACACUAAAAACGAGUUUAUUGACCAUAUACUUUAUUUUUAGGAAAAAUUAUGUAAAUUGGACUCAUUAGGUAAAGUAUUUAUUCAAAUUGAA